AUGUUUGGUUUCAUGCAAGAAGGUCACGAUCACGAGAACUUCAUUGCUUCUCUAGACCUGCUUCUGCCAUUUCUCAGCAUCACCAGCGUCAUUCCAAGCUAUCUUCGCUCGUUUCUAGCGAUUUCAGCCUUUAUGUUCCGCAAAGUUCGCCGAGCUUUUGAAGCUAUCGGCACCCUUGAGGUGGCGGCAAAGAACUGCGUGGCAGAACGUGCAGAGCUCUUACAGGAUCCCAACAAAGGCCCACCACGGCGAGACCUGUUGCAGCAGAUGUUCAGCAUUCAGCAAAACAAGGGAGCUGAUGUUGAUUUUUAUAAGAAGGAUAUGGCCAAGGAAUCCUAUUCAGUGAUAUCCGCUGGAUCUGACACGACCGCUAUCGCUAUGAGAGCUACCUUAUAUUUUCUCAUGACAAAUCCGCCAAUCUAUGCCCAACUCAUGUCAGAAAUCGACCAAGCAACGGCGAACGGCACCAUUCCGGCCACAGGGCCAGUUGCUUACUUCCAGGCCACCAAACUGCCCCUGUUAUGUGCGAGCAUCAAAGAAGCCAUGCGUCUCCACCCAAGCGUGGCAUUGAUGUUGCCUCAUGACGUUCCCCCCCAAGGCCUAGUGAUAGGCGACACGUCUAUUCCUGGCGGGACUCGCAUCAGAAUGAACGCGGCCGUGGUUCAGUAUGACCGAUCCGUCUUCGGUGAGGAUGCAAACACCUCUCGACCGACCCGGUGGCUCUUAGGCAGCACCGCGAGCAUGGAUCGUUGCAUGCUCCGUUUCGGAGCUGGAACCAGAACUUGUCUGGGAAAGAAUAUCUCCCUGAGCGAACUUCACAAGUUGGUCCCCGCUCUUCUUCGGGACUUCAAGCUGGAACUGGCGACAAAGGAAUCGUGGAAGACGUACAAUUUCUUCUUCAACACGCAAAAAGGUCUACUGGUUCGCCUGCAGCGGAGAAACAUCAGCACAUAG